AAAAGUUGGAGGAACCCGGAAGUUGUGCGACGCGCUCAGUUCGUGUGUGUGUUUUAUUUUUAAUUGAAUAAAGUGCUAAAGUGUUUGACGGUCAGUAAACAAACCGCCGGUGGAUUAAGCCGGUGUUUAUCUCCAGGUUGUGCUGCAGUUUAUCGAAUCAGCAGAGUUUGGAGAAGAUGGGAGUCGGAGAUCCGAACAGUCUGGAGCAGGGAGCGGCGGCUCCGGUGGAGGAGGUGGACAACGUGAAGUCGCUGCAGUCUCAGGUGGACGGCGUGAAGGACAUCAUGACGCAGAACGUAGAGCGAAUCCUGGCCCGUGGAGAGCGACUCGAUGAUCUGAUGGACAAGUCCGAGGACCUCCAGGCCGGGGCGCAGAACUUCAAGCAUACAUCACAGAAGGUGGCGCGCGCCUACUGGUGGAAGAACGUCAAGCUGGUCGUGGCGAUAAUCGUGGUCGUCAUCAUUAUCGUGCUCAUCAUCGUGCUGCUGGUUACCGGAGUGAUCCCCACCAGCUCAACACCGACAACCACCCCCACGUCCAAACCUCCCAAAUAGGAAAUUAACACCUUCACACACACACACACACACACACACACUUUAGAUCGUUAAAAAAAAUCCCACUCGGACGCUAAAUAGUCUGAAACUCGAAAACAAGCUCAUUGAGACAAAUAAAUAUGUAAUUUAUAACAUUCAUAUAGAUUGUAAUAUAUCAUAAAGCCCUGAACUGGUGUAGUGUCAGAUCAGGGUUUCAACCGAAAUUCUGUUUGCCUUUAUCUUUCUUUAAAAAAAAAACCUCAUUCUAAGCUAACAACCAAUUCUUAUUUAACCUGUGAAAUUCUGGGGUCUUAGGAUUUUCUAAACAAACAAACAAACAAAAAAAAGCAACAUUUAUGGUUACAUGCUGAAAUUUAUAAACAAUAAAAAGUGAUGCGUCAAAACAUCCGGAAUUCCACGGCUAAAAGUAGCUCUUUCAAGAAAAUCCUAUGUUGGAAAUUUCUGAAAAUCUGAACGAAAGAGGUUUAUAAAGUGCAUAUUGAAAAUGUGUCAGAAAAGGAACCCAAAUCUAAAAGGGCGUUAUUGUAUAUGCUGUACGCUGCGACAUUUAGUGACAAUAUCUGGAAAUUCUACAUUGGUACUUCAAGAAAUUCGAUGUUGAAUUAAACAAUUUAAGGAUAUUUAUUAGAAGUUAUAAAUAUAUAAUAUAUAAUGAUUUUUUAACAAAAAAUUUGUAAAAAUAUAUAUAUAUAUAUUUAUAUAUUUUACAAGUUAUUACAUUUAGAUUUUCCGUUAAGUUAAUAUCUUUACAAUUCUUUCUAACUCAAUUCCCACUCAUUAAAAAUAAUAAAGAUGAGAAAUUAAUCACAGGGACUUAAAGUUAUAACGAAGUUUAAAUAUUAACGGUUAAUAAGUUGUAACACAAUUUUUUCAAUCGAAGUGAAAAAUAUCAGAAAAGGGAUUCGUUUUUUUUUCCUGGACGAAGUUACAACGAAUUAUUUCUGACUAAUGAACGAAGGAAAUUCGAAUUUUUAUUGUUACAACUAUCAAGAAAUUCAACCCGAAUGCUGGAAAUGUUUAUUUGAAAUAAAAAUGGAUAGAAAUUUGA